CCUUUGCUAGGUGCUCAUAUUUCUUCAUUACAAGAUCAAGAGGGCAUCUGCAAAACAAAAAAUAGUGCUUUUGGAUUUCAAUUUUCAAAGAGUGACUACAAUGGCAAGUACACUUCCACAAUCUAUUGUAAUGAGAUCAUCUGCCUCUCAACGUCACCUAAGAUUCAUUACGGAGCCUGCGGGUCAACGUGGUUAUGUAACUAGUUGGGAAGAAAAUGUUUUUGAUCCAUUCGUGAAGAUUAUGGUGGAGAGGGCAGAAGUUGAUAGCAGAUUUGUUCACUUGCGAUUCUUUCACACUAAUAACUAUUGGGCACGAGCUAGUCUUGAUAGAAAUAACUCGUGGAUUCUUGCUAAUUCAAACCAACCGGAGGAAGACACGUCCAAAUUGUCGUGUACCAUGUUUGAGCCAAUUACGUUGGAUACCAACGGUACACUCUCAUUUCGGCAUGUUCAAAGCGGAGGGCGCGUGCGAGUAAAUCCCGGAGGUAGCAGCCUCAAUAUUUUUGUGGAGGAUGACAUUGUUCCUUUUGUUAAUCAUAUUAGUUUCACUUUUAUUGAUUGGGACUCACUAGUCAUACUGCCUAAAAAUGUGGCAUUCAAAGGCUCUAAUGACAUGUAUCUUAGAGCAAGGGUGAUCAAUAGAAACAACUUCCACCAAUUCUCGUCUGAGGAUCCUAACGAUGAGACCGCUGGCUACGAGAUCACGCUCCAUCCUAACGGAUUUAUUCGCGUAAAGUCUAAUUAUUACGAUCGUUUUUGGAGACGAAGUCCGAAUUGGAUAUGGGGAGAUUCAACUGAUAACGUUGGCAGAGAUGUCGACACUUUAUUUUGGCCAGUUAAAGUUGAUGGCAACAUCAUUGCUCUUCGCAACUCAGGCAAUAACAGAUUCUGUAGUCUUCUUACGGCCGAUGGAAACGCCAAUUGUCUUAAUGCUGCAGUUAAUACUAUUACAAGAGAAGCAAGACUAGCAGUUGAAGAGCUUGUUCUGGACAGAAGUAUCUUUAAUGUUAGAUUUCGCAUGGAAGACGCUCGAAUCUAUGACGAACAAGCUUCAAUAGCAGGCGUUGCUUCUCCUAUUAAUUCAUCGGAGAUAGAAGCUACAUUAACAGUUAGAAUUGGUUAUGAAGAUACAUCGUCGUAUUCUUUUAGCAACAGCUUAUCUAUAUCGGCGGGAGUCGAAACCACCAUCAGAACAGGUUUCCCGCGCAUUGCUGAAGGAGAGAUUACCGUUUCUUCUGAGAUAACUAAAUCAUUUGAGUGGGACAGAACAACGACUGAAACAAAACAUGCUGAAGCUUCAUUUGAAGUUGUUGUGCCGCCUAAAAGUAGGGUUAUUGUUCAGUUUGUAUCAACAAGAGGGACUUGCAGUGUCCCUUUCUCUUACACUCAGCGAGACAGGAGCUCUACUAAUGGACAAUUUAUUAACACCGACCGUGUUGAUGGUAUUUAUACUGGUGUCAACUAUUACAGCUUCCACUUCGAGAAACACGCAAUCGAGCCUCUGUAACUCUCAACAUCAACGCCUGAGUUCUACUAUAUGGUGUCUUUUGCUUCUCUUUGUUCUAUGUUAUGCUCAAUAAUGCUUUGCUAUCUGUUCUGGUUUGUUUGCUUGUCAUAAACUAUAUGCAAAUAAAAUAAUGUUUGUUCUGUAUGAUUGGGUUUGCUUGCCCGUCAUAAACUAUAUGCAAAUAAGCUUUGGAUUGUUGAAAUAAUAUCUUCAAACUUUCAUCAGUUGUUA